CUUGUUCUGGCCAUCAUGCUGCAUCGUCGUCCUUGCUAGUUACAUGGUGUCAGAAGUGGCCGCCGCGGACCGAAGCACGGCAGCAACGGCGCGGAAUCGCCAUGGACCUACUGAAGCCGCCGGAGCCAUUGCGCCUAUCGGGCAACGUGUCUGAAAAUUGGAAGCGCUUCAAGCAAAGGUUCGAGCUUUUUCUGCAAGCAACGGCAGUCGAGAAGGCCCCGAGAAGUGACUCCUCGAAAGUGGCACUCUUGCUGAGCUUCGCGGGAGACGAAGUGCUCGACAUCUUCAACAACUUUCAGUACGGCCCCGAAGAAAGCAAGGAAUGUUACGACACGGUCGUGCAGAAGUUCGACGCCUACUUCUCCGAGGUGAGCAAUGAAAUUCACGAAAGAUAUGUUUUUCGUACACGAAGCCAGGCGGAGAAAGAACCUUUUGAGAAGUUUGUGCGGUACUUAAAGAAGCAGGCGACACAGUGCAACUUUGGGGAUCAGCACGAUUCACUGAUUAGAGACCAAAUUGUGUUUGGUACGAACAACCCAAAGCUGCGUGAAAGAAUGCUUGCCGAGAGAGGCCUGACGCUACUAAAAGCCGAGGAAAUGUGUAAAGCGGCAGAAGCAGCGGCACUAAGGAGCCUAGUUUGGAAUAGGACGGAAGAGAGCAUUGACGCCGUUUCAAGGGGCGAAACGGUGACGAAAAAACGGCAGCAGCGGAAAAAAAAGCAGAGUCGCGAUAAUCAAGCUAUUUGCUGCAGGAAGUGCAACCGCAAACAUAAACCUAAGCAAUGCCCCGCGUAUGGUAAAUUAUGUCAUUCUUGCCGCAAAUACAACCACUUUGCAAGUUGUUGCCAGAAGUCUACCGCUGUUAGCGAAGUAGCUAAUCUCGAUGAGAAUGACUUUGAGAUUCUCGAAAUCGGCGCCGAAAAUUGUCGCAAGAAAGACUGGACAAUCAAGGCUCGAGUAAAUGGCAGAGAAGUGACGUUCGAAGUGGAUACCGGUUCGCAGGCAAGCUUACUUCCAUUUACAACGUACCGUAAGCUUGGAUCCAAAGAAGCGUUGCAACCAACCGGGUCAGUGUUGCGCGCCUACAACGGGGGCGUUAUUUCAAGUUAUGGAACAACGUCACAGAAAGUGUCUGUCGGAACCACCGAGAUAAGCGUGAAAUUUUUCAUCGUAAAGAAUGGGCGCCAAGCCAUCCUUGGGCUCGAUGCCAGUGAAGCGCUUGGGUUGGUUCGACGUACGGUGGACGCUGUCAAUGCCUCGUCUGAGUAUGAACUUUUGAAAGAUUUCAGGCACCUGUUCCAAGGGCUCGGCUGCUUGAAAACUCAGUACAGAAUGGUCCUGGAUCCAGACGCGGUUCCGGUCAUUCAGCCUGCUCGCCGGGUUCCACUUGCACUUCAGGAACCUCUGAAGAAGGAACUACAGCGAAUGACCCGGGAGGGCAUCAUCGUCAAAGAAAAUGAGCCAACCGACUGGUAUAUUCCUGGGAAGCACCUUGUUCUUGCUGACAUGUUGUCCCGGUCAACUGCUGACAACCAAGACGAGGCUGGUGCUACUACCGACGUGGAAGUUCACGCAAUCCAGCUUCUAGGUUACCGUGUCACAGAAGCAACGCAGAAAGAACUGCAAGCGGCAACGGCUCGUGACCGCUACCUACAGUCGGUGAUCGCAAGUUUGUCGGUGGGGCUUCCAGUACAAGAUUCGGGCGACGACUUCUGGCUGGGCCUGCUGGCCUACCGCUCUACCCCACUGGAGGACGGGCGAUCCCCUGGUGAACUACUGCAAGGAAGGCGCCUUCGCGCCAACCUCCCGGACUUCAGUGCGGUGACCGCAACCGACGUCAAGAAGCACAGCCAGGCCCAAGGGGGAAGACCUUUGCCUCCUCUGCAGAAGGGUGUCGUCGUGAGGCUCAGAGACGCUGCAUGGUCCCGAAAAGCUCAAGUGGUGGGUUCGCCAUAUCCAAGGUCCUACCUUGUCAAAACGGAGGACCAGAAGCUGUUAAGGCGCAACCGUCGUCACCUACUUCAAACUGGCGAACGGUUCAUCGAGGAAAGCGACGACGACAUUGAUACCAGCCCAGCGGACAACGUUGGUGGCCAUCCGACAGUGGCAACUUCAACCUCUCCAGCCAACGGCCGACGUCGCGAAGUUCCGACGUCGGGCGACCCUUCGCCACCUGUGGUGCGUCAGUCAACUCCACCACCGACGCCAGCUUUGAGAAGGUCGACUCGAACCGUGAAGCCACCACAGCGUCUUCAUUAUGACAAGGACUUUAACCAAGUGUCUGAUAUCAUUUUUUGAAGUGCCAUGUACUUACCACUGUUUCGGUGGGUAUGUAAUUUCUUUGUUAACGGAAAGGAUGUAUCCGGCAAGGCUACUGCAUCACGACUGCGCAUCGGACAUGCGCAGAUAUUCUCGGCGCGCUAUCGUGCGCCUAUAUAAUCAGUGACUGAAUAAACCGAUUGUUCUUCUUGUUCUGGCCA